AUGGAAAUUGGGACGAAAUGGUGGGCAGAAGAAGAAGAUGAAGAACUUGAAGGAAUGCAUGCCGCAGUUGAAAGAACUGUUGUUGAUCGUCUGAAAACAAGUGGAAAAGAAGCAUUAAGGUGUUCGGAGAUGGCGGUGGGAACAGAGGUUAAAGUAAGGGGAGGGGAAGACGGGAAAGUGGAACGGCGAGGAAAUUGUUGA